GUCCCCUAUCAACGUAACAGUUGACGCUCUCCCGCUCGUUCAUCGGCGUUUCGCCGAGCCAUUCCCCGCUCAGAGGGCAAGAGAGACGCGCCAGAGGACUCGAGUCUGGAGUGCUUCCCUGGCAAUCCGGAGUGUGCGAGUGUUUAAAAGGAUUGGAAGACCGGAUUGUCGUUGUCAUUUGGUAGCAAUCCUCCACUCUCAACACAUCCAUCGUCUCUGGACGAGAGCUCUUUCCUGAGCAAGCCCAAUAGGAAGAAAUCUGUUCUUCCGGGUGAUCAAAGGCUCCUUUCUAUCUCUUCCAAAACCAAAAAAAAAAUCGUAAAACAAGAAACUCUCAUCUUCUCUCCUUUCUCCGCAUACUGGAAUUCUUUCAUAUCAAAAUGCAAAACUUCCUCGCCUCCUUUUCCAAGUCUCCUCUGAGCACCAAUUUCGUCUUUCUUCUCUUCCUUCUGACUUGGUCGUGGGCUCAAGCCUCGGCCGAGUUCGAAAUGGCCAAUUUUGCGCCUGAAAAUCAAGUUGGAUCGGCCUUCCCGGUCCAAUUAAUGGCCAAACGGAACCGAAUCCGUUUGUGCGGUAAUCAUCUGGCCAACGCGAUCAAAAUCACUUGCUUCGUUAAACAAAACCGUGGAAAGCGAUCCGUUGAUACAGUCAUGAAUCCCCUCUACAAUGGGAUCUACAAGCCCCGCUUCGAUGACCCAAGGCUAGACAAUGAAUGGCAACAAGCUGAAGCCCAAGCAGAGCAAGCCAAUUUGAUGCCACGACCUUCUUUCGGGUCCAGCUACCAAGACAACCUGCCGGAGAGAUUCCGAACCAUCAGCACUCUCGAAGGCAUGAACAAGCGUGGUGCAGCUGACGAUUGCUGCCUGACACCCUGCACCAUGUCCCAUUUGGAGACCUUUUGUUAAGGCCGGUCCUGGCAUGGCAUCCCCUCCCAACUCUUUGACCAUUCCUCGCUCCCACACUCCCUUUGAUUCAUGCUUUUUCUCAUUCUCUGUGUUCUUUGUCCGUGUUCCUCCUCCAAUGUGUUGGCUUGUCUCCAAACUCAGCGACGACCACGCCUCUCUCGGACAGAUUCCAACCCAAGACUUCGGACAACCACCGACGUACCAGAACGCCAAAAAAACAACCUUACAACCAACCAAACAAACACCCACACACUCACACAAACACACCUAUCCACCCUCGGUUGACCAUUCAACAUUAAAUAUCGUGUUCUUUUGUUUGAUCUUUAUAAGAUCCUGGAUAGUUUUGUCCUCCUGCUGCAACGCCUACUACUACUUCUACUGCUACUACUACUACUACUACUACUACUGCAACUCAAUCUAUUUUAUUUCCAUCUCUGAA